AUAAAGCUUAAGCACUCUUCUAGUCUUCUUUUCCCACAGCUCAUCCGCCCUCUCUCUACUCAGCUAUUGUAUUCCUUAAUGAUAGUCACAGCCAUAAUACCCGACUCCUCGACUGUGUAGUUAACAGUAGUUGGCAUCUCAAAACUGAACUCGCAGGCAUGCGUGUGCAUGCCUUGUGAUGGACUGCUGUCCGGUCCAGGAUGUGCCAAUUCUCUGCCGUGUUAGGAUCCAGCUCGCCGUUAGACUGUACUGGAGGAAAUUGGUGAAAACGGAGAGAUACAGUACUUGUUUGUGUGUUUACUGCUUUAAAAAUCCUAAAAAGCAGAAAGCUCUUAAAAGCUACAACCGGCAGGUGACAGGCAACUUCCUUCCUCAUGCUUGCCUCAGUUCUUGGCGUCUGGGAGUCAUGUGAGCGCGCUGCCCAAUGAGAGCCGUCGAGGUGUCUGCCUGCUCUUGUGUUGGCUGCGCGUUAGCUGGAAGCUGCCGAUGGCUGUUACAUGUCCCCACUCUUUUAAUUUCAUAACGUGGCUGGGAGGCAGUCGAAAGGUAGCAAAAUCAAUAAGAUGGAAGUUGUAGCGGAGAAAAAAUGACUGUGUGCUUCAUGUAGCAGCAGUGCUUUAAAGGAAAGACCACAGGGUCGUCUGCUUCGAAGGCGUCUAGCGCUGUUCCCUCGGUGUCCGUGCGCUGGUUGCCACAGCCCGUUGUGAUGGAAAUGCUUUGAAAUGAUGCUUGGUUGAGGCUGAAGGAUAGAAAGUUUUUUUUUUACAAAAAAACAAAACAAAAAUGACAUAAGACCGCUGCGGGUGACUUCCUAUUAAAUGACAUGCUGUAAUAUUCUGGAAGACAGAUCGAUGAUUGCAACAGGGGGUCGACAAUGGAUAAGGAGGCCAGCCGGCUGGAGAGGGAUCACGUUCACAGUGUGUAUGAAAAAAUAGCUCCCUACUUCAGUGAUACCCGCUACAAAGCCUGGCCCAGAGUGCGCCAGUUUCUUCUGGAUCAAGAGCCAGGCAGCAUCAUUGCUGAUGUCGGCUGCGGUAAUGGGAAAUACCUCCAUAUCAACAGCGAGACCUUCAAGCUGGGCUGUGACUGCUGUCGCCCCCUGGUGGAGGCAGCCAGGAGCCACGGUCACGAGGUGCAGGUGUGCAAUGGUCUUCGGCUGCCUUACCGGGAUGGCUGCUUCGAUGCUGUUCUCUCCAUUGCAGUCAUCCACCAUUUCUCCACUAAAGAGCGCCGCAUCCGGGCCAUAAAGGAGAUGUCGCGCACCUUGCGAGUUGGCGGACGGGUGAUGAUCUACGUGUGGGCCAUGGAACAGAAGAGGCGCAGGUUUGAGAAGCAGGACAUCUUCGUCCCCUGGAACCCUCACCCCCCGUCCUCUCCCGCCACUAGGGGCUAUCCAGGCAAAGCCAGGCAGGACCGGAGAGGCUCCAGUACUGGAGACUGCGCUAGCUAUGGCACUGAUGGCAACGACAAGCACAGGAAGACAAAAAGCACAUCCUCCGUCGCGGGCGAGGAGGAAACAGCAUCCACUUCCCACGGGAAAUCGAAAAAGCUCUGGUUUUUCUCCAGGUCGCUGGAUUCAGUAUUAGAUUUUGGAGGUGCCGCCAAUUCUAGGUCUACCAGGGAACUGAGCACGUCCUGUGAUGACAGCACCCAGAUGAAAGAAGCAAACGAGACUAAGGUCUUCGGGCUCAACAGAGGCAUGGGUCUGAUCAAGCAGGUCUCCAGCUUCUUCUCAUCGAGGCACAGCUCUGACGAGGAUGUCUUUGGGUCUGUGGUAGACCAGGACCCUCCAAAGCUCUCAAGGGUUGAGAGAAAUGGCAACUCUGCCACUGAACAGCGGGGCCUGUCUGCUGCUAUAGUCCACACGUGCGGCGCUGUGCCCUUGCCUGACCUCGUCACACAUCAGAAUAUUGCUGUUGCCGACAAAGAGGCAUGUGACCGUGCCUACAGCAACAGACUGCCCAGUGGAGAGCAGGAAGGCAGGCCUGAAAGAGAGGUACCACAGUUCUUUAACAGCACAGAAGGCACUCAGGACAGAGAGAUGAAUAAGCAGAACAAAAUAAAGUCAGCAGACUCCUUCCUUCGCUACUAUCACGUGUUCAAGGAACGUGAGCUUCUGGAGCUCAUCGAGAGGCAUGUGGAGGAGCUACAUGUGCUUCAGUCGUAUUUUGAUCAUGCCAACUGGUGCGUCAUCGCUGAGAAGGUCCAGGUUUGGCAAAUUUAGAUUAUUUGUGAAGAAUGCUGUGUUUUUAAAAGCCUGUUUCGAACCAAACUGCUUUCAUUUCCCCAGCACUGGUCUCAAAGUAAUUAUAUAACACAGUAAUAUGUCUUUUCUUUUUGUUUUAUAUACUUGAAGAAACAGUGUCAGUGUAACUGAUAUACUGUACUGUACUGUACGCCUCAGUGUUUUAACAAGGUAUUUAAUUUGAAGUACUGUAGUAUGAUGUGGAACUCAUUACUCCCUAACGAGCUGGAUGAUUCUGUCUGAUUUUAAUGCAGAUGUUUUGUAUUGGAGUCUAUGAAACAGUUGUUUCUGUUUAUAAUACACUAAAUUUAUUUACUAAAACAUCUCAAGUAGCAAGUUCUAGAAUUCACUUGUUCAAUAAGCCCGCAAUAUACAUUAACAUGAACAUAUAUUUGCAUGUACAUCUGUUUCUCUUCAGUACUGAAUAGAGUCUAAAUGUGCUGUCAUACGGGUCAUUAUACUGAUCUGUUUAUUUUUAAACGCUUGUCUGAUUUGUAAUUGUCUAUUGUCAUGUGCAGCCAAAGAGUAUCACUUCAAUGCAUAGUUUAAUUCAAAUAUUGCUCAGGAUGUGUUUUAUCCCCCUGAAGAAUCCUCAAUAUUGUUUGCAUGCUUUCACUCCAAACUUGAAUAAUUUUUCUUGACGCUAAUUGUAGUCAGUUAUCAAUGCCUUGAACCCAUUAUGUUUUUAGUAUUGCAAGGUGGUUUACUGGUGUUAAAUUGCCUCUAAUUUGUAUUUGUUAGCUUUCCAGACAUUUCAUAAAUAUUUUUAAUAUUUAUUGAGCAAACGUGCAGUGGCAUGACAAAUAGUUUUAGUAAAAAAUAAAUUACUUUUUAAUAUUUUUAACUGUUCUGUGCAAACUGGUUUUGUACAUU